AUGUCACAACGUCAUUAUUCAAGCAGUUCAGCACCAACAAUGCCGGCGUAUACUGGAAGUCAACCAACUAUAACUGGUACUAUAAAUCCUCAAAGCGCCACUACUCAUUUGACUGGUAAUACAAACUCAACAUCUAGCCAAUUGAGUCAGCCAUAUUAUGACAACGCUCGUUAUGUAACCCAUGGGUCUACAUAUAAUAACAACACUAGUUCUGCAACUACUGGUUACGGAGCUACUGGUUCUGCAACUACUGGUUAUGGAACCACUGGUUAUGGAACAACUGGUUAUGGAGCUACUGGCUCUGCAACUACUGGUUAUGGAACCACUGGUUAUGGAGCUACUGGUUACGGAACCACUGGUUAUGGAACUACUGGUCAUGGAACUACUGGUUCUACAUAUAAUUACCAUCAUAGACGUCACUGA